AUGGAGUUCAACUUGCUCACUGACUCAGAAGCUCAGAGCCCCCCUCUUUCCCUCUCAGAAUCUGGGACACCUCAACAUGCACAUAGGCACAAGGGGCAAGAAAGUGACACAGAAAAGUCACAGCAGAACCAGACUGAGGAUUCCACUCCUGAGGAUGGCUCCCUGAGAAAGAAGCAACGUAGGCAGAGAACUCAUUUUACCAGCCAACAACUCCAGGAGCUGGAAGCCACUUUUCAAAGGAACCGGUAUCCAGACAUGAGUACCCGAGAAGAGAUUGCUGUCUGGACCAACUUGACAGAAGCCAGAGUUCGGGUGUGGUUUAAGAACCGCAGAGCCAAAUGGAGGAAGCGGGAAAGAAACCAACAGGCAGAACUUUGUAAGAAUAGUUUUGGAGCUCAGUUCAAUGGACUGAUGCAACCUUAUGAUGAAAUGUAUAGUAGUUAUUCCUAUAACAAUUGGGCUACCAAAGGACUUACUGCCAGCACGCUGUCAGCAAAGAGCUUCCCAUUCUUCAACUCCAUGAAUGUCAAUGCCCUUUCUUCACAGCCCAUGUUUUCAGCAUCCAGUUCUAUAGGAUCUAUGUCUGUACCUUCCUCAAUGGUUCCUUCAACAGUGACUGGUGUCCCAAGCCCAAGCCUUAACAAUCUUAACACCCCUGGUCUUAACUCUGCAGUUUCAUCCAGUACCUGUCCUUAUGCAUCCACAGCCAACCCUUAUAUGUAUAGGGAUACUUGUAACUCUAGCCUGGCUAGCUUGCGAUUGAAGGCAAAACAGCAUGCCAACUUCACAUAUCCAGCAGUGCAGACAGCAACCUCCAGCCUGAGCCCAUGUCAGUAUGCUGUGGAUAGGCCAGUAUGA